CACCUCCUUCCUCCGUCCUUUCUCUUGUUCAAUAAAACUCUUUCAGUUCAUCACUAUCUCCCCUUUACUUUUCUUUUCUGACACUGAACUUUCUAAAUCUAGUAGCAGUCCGCACUGCCUGAUUCAAUAAUAUUCCCGGUCGAGUCCAGUGGCUCUCGUUUGAACCAAUCCCAGUUCACCAGCCGGUGUUGGCUAUCUCUACAAAUUACAUUACCAUUCCUCUCACGCUUUCCGUUUCCCAGCUUCUUCAAUCCAGUUACUGAGCGAUAAUGGCUGAACCUGAGGAUGUUGAGGAAGACCUCUUCGCCGAUUUGUACGAUGCCGACGACACUACGGCUCAGUCGACGUCUGUUGUAGAGCCUCCACAGGUUUCAGAACCCAUCACCUCCGCUCCACCUGUUCCCGCGACUGAACCUGAUACGCAACAUGCGGAUCAGCACCAUGGUGAUGCCGAAGUGGGCGGAUCCUAUCAAUAUUCCCACCAGUCUGGCAAUCAUGUGGGAGGAGAAAAUGGCGGCGCUGGCUUUCCAAAUCUUUCGGCAACUCCAGUGGGCGACUCCGAACCUCAAGGGACCGGAAUCAAAGAAGACGGGAAAAUGUUCAUUGGUGGUUUGAACUGGGAGACUACGGAUCAGUCCCUGAAAGAUUACUUCUCUCAGUUUGGGGAAGUACAAGAAUGCACUGUGAUGCGAGAUAGUGCUACGGGUCGCUCCAGAGGAUUUGGAUUUUUGACAUUCAGAGACCCGAAGACUGUCAAUACCGUCAUGGUUAAGGAACACUAUUUGGAUGGCAAGAUUAUCGAUCCCAAGCGUGCAAUCCCACGUGACGAGCAGGAGAAGACCAGUAAAAUAUUUGUUGGUGGCGUGAGCCAAGAGGCAAACGAACACGACUUCAGAGAUUUUUUCACCCAAUUUGGGCGUGUGAUUGAUGCCACCCUGAUGAUUGACAAGGAUACUGGUCGUCCCCGUGGCUUCGGGUUCGUGACCUUUGACAGUGAAGCGGCCGUCGAAGCAGCUCUCUCCCGUCCUCUGGAAAUCCUCGGGAAGCCGAUUGAGGUGAAGAAAGCUCAACCAAGAGGAAAUCUGCGGGAUGAAGAAGACCGCCGAUUCCGCCGUGGCAGGGAGGGUUUCCGUGACGGUGGCGUCAUGGGAAGCGAUGGUUCGCAACCACAAGCCGGUGCUCAAGGCCAAGGCAGCAUGGCUGGUGGGCUCACCCCCCAGAUGAUGGCACAGUAUUGGCAGAGAAUGCAGCAGUACUUUGCCCUGAUGCAACAGCAAAUGGCCGUUGCUGCGGCUCAAGGUCAAGGCAUGGGCGGCAUGGGUAUGGGCGGCAUGAACCCAGCCAUGAUGCAACAGAUGCAGCAAAUGAAACAGAUGCAGCAAAUGCAAAUGGGGAACAAUCAAGCACCACAAGAGAGUCUUAGCCCUCCGUCGCAGAGCUCAACACCCCAAACAAUGGCACCGAACAUGAUAAAUCCAGCCAUGAUGCAGCAGAUGCAGCAGAUGCAGCAGUUGCAGAAUCAAGGUCAAGGCAGCAGCUCCGGGGGUAUGGCCGGUCAGAUGGGGGGUGGGGGCAAUGGAAUGAACAUGGCCGCAGCUAAUGCCAAUGGGAAUUACUCGAGUCAUCGCGGUGGACCUGGCUACAAUGCUCAGGAACAAAUCGCCUUUGAGCAACAAAAGUAUGAGCAGCAACAAGCACGCCGAGCCAUGGAAAACCGGGCUUUCUCUCCCUACCAACAAGGUGGGCCAACUUCUUGGGAAGGUAUGUAUGAUGAAGUACCUCAGCCGAACAUCCCGACCGGGCCCCAGGCCAUGACCCGCGCGGGGAGCAUGGGACGCGGUCCGACUCCGCAACCUCAAAGUGCUGCCCCAGCCAAUGCUCCGACAGGCCCGAAGAAUGCCGGCAAGCCAGGCGCCAACUAUCGCGGUGGAGGCCGUGGAGGUCACCGGGGCUUCCACCCUUACUCGCGCGGUUGAGGACUUGGUUUUACUUCCUUCGGUCCUUGUGCUUUUCCUUUCCACACGCUUGUACAUGUGCGCGCAGUCUCCAAUGCUACCUCCCCCUUGGGAUCUUCAUAAAUCAGUCAGAUUUCUUGCUGGUGCCCUUCCGCCCUUUUUAUUCAUCGCGACGUAAAGGACCCUCCAGCAGCAAUAGUGACCUUUGAUACUACAAAAACCUUGAAAUAUGCAUGGCCACGCCCUAUUAUUGUUGCCUAUCUUUCUUCUCC